CUCCCUCCGCAGACGAACGCGCAUCUGCUCGCGACGUGCUACUACCGCGACGACCAGGCGUUCCGCGCGUAUCCCCUCCUAAAGGACGCCCGCUACCUCCUCGCGUUGUGCUGCGUCAAGCUCGACAAGCCGUCGGAGGCGGAGGCCGCACUGUCCGGCGACGACCGGUUCGCGGACACGCGAACGAUGUCCCCCGCGCAGGCGGUCGCGGCGAUGCGCGUCCCCAACGGCGCGUGCGGGCACCAUCUCCUCGGCGUGCUGUGUAAGGACUCGGGGCGGACUCGUUGGGCGGCGGCGCACUUCGCGGCGGCGCUCGCGAUCGAUCCGUUCGCGUGGAGCUCACACGAGGAGCUCUGCGCGCUCGGCGCGGAGAGCGAGGCGGAGAGCGCGAUGAAACGCGCGAACCCGGGGCGUUUAUAUCCCCCGCUGUCGGACCUCGGAGGGCUGGUGGAGAUUGUCGACGGCGGCGGCGGCGGCGGGGGGGGGCCGGAGGUCGCCGCGGAUGCGGAGCAGACGCCCGCGGCGACGACGCGGCCGCCGCCGCCGCCGCGGUUCACGAGUGCCGGCGAGUCGACGAGGGACGUGGACACGCCCGCGCCGGACAGCACGCGCGGGAUGAUGCCGCCGCCGCCGCCGAGCGCGGGCGCGGGGGCGGGGGCGGGGGGAGGCGCGUACGACACGCCGUCCCCGAUGGACCCGGCAGGCAUCGACCGGAGAAAGUUCAUCGACGAAGGGAAAUUGCGGAAAGUGAGCGGGCGUCUGUUCAGCGAACCCGGGAGCGUCGGCGGGGGCGCGGGCGGGGGCGCGGGGACCGGCGCGGGGACAGGCGCCGGGACAGGCGCGGGCGCGGGCGUGCGACGGAGCAGCCGGCUCGCGGCGGCGAGCACCCCCGGAUCGUCGGGUGGGUUCAACACCCCCGCGAGCGAUCCGGGCUCGACGCCGCCGCGACGCGGGGGCCGCGGCCGCGGCCGCGCCGGCGCCGCCGCCGGCGGCCGCCGAUCCCUCGACGGUCUCGACGCUCCCGCGUCCGCGUCGGUCUCGCACUCGCACUCGGAGGGGGGUCCCGCGGCGACCGCGCAAUACGCCGCGGCGCAUUACCAUCGCGCCGCCGCCGGCGACCGCGCGUCGUCCGCGGCGCGGGGGCCCGGGGGGCGGUUCGCCGAGGGCGCGGCGGCGGCGUUGACGCUUCUGAAACCUCUCGCGGACGCGUCGCGGCAGUUCGCCAUGUUUCGCUGCUCGGACGCGAUCGCGUCUCUGGAGAAACUCCCUCCCGCGCAGUACGCGACCGGGCACGUCCUGUGCCUCGUCGGGAGAGCGCACGCGGAGAUGGUGGACUACCCGUCCGCGAGGCACGCGUUCGAGUGGGCGCGCGCGGUGGACCCGCGCAGACUCGAGGGCAUGGAGGUGUACAGCACGGUUCUGUGGCAUUUGAAGAGAGAGGUGGAGCUGUCGCACCUCUCGCAGGUGGUCGUCGGCCUCGACCGGCUCUCGCCGCACACGUGGUGCGUCCUCGGGAACUGCUUCUCGCUGCAGAAGGAGCACGAGACGGCGUUGAGGUAUUUUCAGCGCGCGCUGCAGCUGGACCCGGGGUGCACGUACGCGCACACGCUCUGCGGGCACGAGUAUUUCGCCAAUGAGGAUUUCGAAAAGGCGACGGCGUGCUACCGCGCCGCGCUGCGCCUCGACUCGCGGCAUUACAGUGCGUGGUACGGACUGGGCACGGUGUACUACCGCCAGGAAAAGUAUGAGCUCUCGGAGUACCACUUCCGGCACGCGUUGUCCAUCAACUCGCGGAGCAGCGUGUUGUUUUGUUACCUCGGCAUGGCGCAGCACGCGUUGCGUCGGAACGGCGACGCGUUGGAGCUUCUCCAGCGCGCCAUCGCGCUGGACGGGCGGAACCCGCUCGCGAAGUACGAGCGCGCGGCGGUGUUGCUGUCCGAGGAUCGGUUCCAAGACGCGCUCGAGGAGCUCGAGAGCUUGAAGGAGGUGGCGCCUCGGGAGGCGAGCGUGUUUUUCCUCAUGGGCCGGAUUUACAAAAAGUUGAACCUGCCCGAGGAGGCCAUGGUUAACUUCUCCACGGCGUUGGACCUGAAGCCCGUGAGCGGGGACGUGAACUUGAUCAAGAGCGCGAUCGAGAAGCUGCACGUCCCGGACGACGGCGAGGAGGACGACCUGUGA